AUGGCCGGCCUACCUUUACUGCCCUACUUGCCGCCUGGCUGGACCGAAACUACCUACCAAAACGCGACCAGCGCCGAGUACAAUGCUCUGCCAGAGGAGCUGCUGCAAAAACUCAUGGAGCGCAAAGUCGAGGAGGCGCGGCAGCAGGCCGAUCAGAUCCUACAAGAGGCUAGGGCGUGGCGAGCCGCAACCCACGGCAUCGCGACCCUGGCCGUCCACGACAGCGGGAAGACCGGGCCGCCCGCCGCCGCCGCCGCCGCCACCACCACCACCACACCAGCAGCCGACCACGACGAUGUCUCACUGGAAAAUGCACAGCGCCUCGUGCGCCGCGUCGAGGCGGCCUCCUCCCCGUCGUCGUCGUCGUCGUCGUCGUCGUCGUCGCCGCCGCCGCGCUGGGCCGAGAUGGGUUUCCUCGUCUUCCGCACCUACUACGCCGACGAGCCGCUGUGGGAGCGCUUCCAGCGGCGCUUCGGCGAGCUCGUCGACGCCGGCAUCCUCGCCGCGCUGCCCGCCGUCCCGGGACUCGCGCGCGUCCGCGGUCGCGUCAAGCUACCGCUCGUCUCCGACUACGCGCUCGUCGACCUGGGCCCGGGCGGCGUGGCGCACAUUUACCGCGACAGCGUGAGCAACCUAGAAGAUGACAGCGACGACGAGCAAGAAGAAGAGGUAGGGGAGGAAAGGGAUGAGGGGGGCCAUCUGGCGAGCUUGGACCCGGGUCUGCGCAUGCCCAUGUGUCUGAUGGUCGACGAGGAGUGUCUGCGGUCGCUGGACGACGGCGCGGCGCUGCCGUUUGUCAAGGCCGUGGAUGCGAGGCUGGCGACGAACAGGGAGAUGCUGCACUACGAGGGCUGGUUCAAGGUGUCGGUGCGGGCGCUGAUGCCGCACUUUUACGCGGCGGUGCAGUUUUACGAGCCUGUGCAGAUCAGCGCGGCCGUGGACGGGAGCACGGGGAUCUGGACGGACAUGGGGAAAGUGAGGUCGUCGAGGGCGGAGGAGGAGACCACGACGGACUUGUAA